AAUAAGAUACACGGGUAUCGCCCAUGAUCGUCAUUUCGUAAAAAUGCAAACGACGUCGUAGCGGCGACGAAUAAUACCUUUCUCCUGGCUCGAUGCGAUCGAUCGCGCUGCGUAUCAGUGCAGUGGCUUGUCCCCUAAGUCGACUAGUUCCUUUCUCCUCUCUAUAUCUCGCAGAAUCAAAAGCAAACAAAGACCAGAUCGCGCAGAAAUCCUCAGAGAGGCUUAAACUGACAUGGCUCGAUACGAUCGCGCAAUUACUGUGUUCUCUCCGGAUGGACAUUUGUUCCAAGUGGAGUACGCUCUCGAAGCCGUCCGCAAGGGAAACGCCGCUGUAGGUGUUCGCGGUACUGACGUCGUCGUUCUCGGUGUCGAGAAGAAAUCCACCGCCAAACUUCAAGAUGCUAGAUCGGUGAGGAAAAUUGUUUCAUUGGAUGAUCACAUAGCACUAGUAUGUGCUGGGUUGAAAGCAGAUGCUCGUGUUUUGGUCAACAGGGCUCGCAUUGAGUGUCAGAGCCAUAGGCUUACUGUUGAGGACCCUGUAACAGUUGAAUAUAUAACACGUUACAUUGCUGGCCUGCAACAGAAGUAUACACAAAGUGGUGGUGUGAGACCAUUUGGUCUUUCAACCUUAAUUGUUGGUUUUGAUCCCUACACUGGUGUCCCAUCUCUUUAUCAGACAGAUCCAUCUGGAGCAUUUUCAGCCUGGAAAGCCAAUGCUACUGGGAGAAACUCAAAUUCAAUGCGGGAGUUCCUGGAAAAGAAUUAUAAAGAAACUUCAGGGCAAGAAACUGUGAAGUUAGCAAUUCGUGCUUUGCUUGAAGUUGUUGAGAGUGGGGGGAAGAACAUAGAAAUAGCUGUGAUGACAAAAGAGCAUGGCCUGCGACAGCUUGAAGAAGCAGAAAUUGAUGCAAUUGUUGCUGAGAUUGAAGCAGAGAAAGCAGCAGCAGAGGCUGCAAAGAAGGCUCCUCCAAAGGAAACCUAGAUCUUCUGUAGUUCUCAUUUGUUAUCUUGUAUUGAGUGAUUAGCUUCUUCCCUGCUACAUUACCAUUUUAUGUUUAACAUUAAUUUCUUUGUUAAAGCAACACCUUAUUUCAGGACUCCACCACUCUUGUGCGUUUCUCUCUCUAUAAUGGCCAUCUUGGUUUGGUAA